AUGACUGUCUCGAGAUGGACGGCUCUAGCUCGCCAAUGUCUUCGCCGUCGGAUUUCGGUUCAACAGUUCGGCGACCUGUUGCAGGCGCACGAUGGCGAAAUUGCAAUGAGACGUUUGUUCGAUGCUCUAGUCGACUGUCGUGAAUCAUUUUGUCCGCCUGGCGAUCCUCUCAUCUCGCUAUACAUUGACCAUCUUGGGAGCACUGGGGCCAUCUCUGUCUCUGACGCGCUGCUAGUCUUGACGAAGCGAUGGAACAAUGCCAAAGGCCAGCUUUCUCAGGAUAUCCUGGCGUGCUACAACCAGACAGUGCAGGAUCUAACCAUGAUCAUGAUCGCCCCCAAGUACAAAUUGGAAGCAUCAGAAGCACGAGUAGCAUUGUCGCUCUCAUCACGAUGGCUCUCGGCUUUGGCACGUCAAGCUUCGCGAGAAGACGGCGAGAGGACCGGCCUGGAAUACAGUGCUACAGUCGAGUCGCUUGCCUUUCUCGUGGUUUCCCUAGCCGCCACGGAUGCUGGACUUGAGGCCCUCUCCCCGAGUGUGACAUCGAAGAAAGAGGGAUUGGAUGGCCCAUUGAGAGACCUGCGAGCCUCGAUGAGACAGGCUUUGGAGCUAUGCCUACCACUGUACUCUGUUCUCUCCUCGCAGCUCGUGGAGCGGAUCAACACCGUUUUGAAACAUAUCAGUCUUCUCGACGGCGGCCCGCCUCAGGAUAGCAACACGUCGACUCAAGCAUCCGAAAUCCAAGCACUUCAGUUCCAGGUGUCCAUUGCGGAGAGUCAAAUGGUGGCUUCCAAGGCCGGUACUACACUUUUCCUCGCAAGUCUCCUCAUGACAGGCUCGACAGUUGAUGACGGGACAGCUGUCAAUUGGCUCUCUUCUCGUCAUCACAACGACUACCAGGCAAUGUUUAGCGACAUUUUCACCACCUCAUUUGCUAUUCUGAAAUGCCAGAACUCAACACCAAGGCGAAGCCUUUGCAUGCAACAAUGCCAGAUUUUCAUCCAGAACAAACUGCCGGCGCUUCUUUCAAUGAUUUCCGCCACCUCCUUUAAUGGUUUCAGCACGGAACAGACCAUCAGCGACGCAUGGCAACAGGUAGUGCCGCUCCUCUCCGAGCACGAUCUCCUGUCAAUUGGCGCCCACUUCUUGCACGUCUGCUCUCUGAUCCAUCUGUUGCCAGGGCAAAUGGUGUCUCAGCUUGUUGGGAAUGAAGAACUUCUCAAAAGCUUGAGCAAGGGACUUUACACCAAGGACGGUCUUGUCGAUCGGGUCAACUCAAACCCUGCCAGAGGGCCAAAGCUCGUUGAAGAGCUGAUCCGCGGUGAUGGCAGUGCAGGGUUCAUCAGUCAGGCGAUUGUGGAGAUUAUGCACAAUUAUUGCCAAAGCAAGGAGACCCAAUACCUCAAAGAUCUCGCCAAUGCUAUCUUACGCAGACCGGCUGCGAUCAACUGCAUUGCACUCUUCAUUCGUCCAUCCUUCUUCUUGAGCCCGUUGUGCAGCCUUUUGGAUGAGUGGCGGUGGGAUGAGAUCCAUGGCGAGGCACAACCGGUAUAUGAUGAUUUCGGCGCGAUAUUCCUGCUCAUAUUGGUUACCAAGGCACGGCUGGAUCUGCCCAUCUCGGAAUUAGGGAUCCGCAAGAAGGGCGGCUUCCUGUCUGAGUAUCUCAGGCACGAGAACUACGAAUACAGCUUAGACGAUCUGUCAGAGGAGAAAAGGUCCCACCUGGGCAACUGGAUCAAUGCCCUCUACCUUGCUGAAGGCCUCAGUGAUGAGCUCUUCACCUCCUGCAGCCCGCACGACUUUUACCUGCUCAUCCCCACUCUGCUACGGCAAUCAGUCACCGCCUACCAGCAAGGAAAACUCACGCAUGACGCACUGAAAGCUGGCUUGGAUUAUCUCCUGGAGCCCUUCCUGCUACCUUCCCUGAUCUCGGCGUUAGGUUGGGCGGGAGAAGUCUUCCAUCAGGACAAUGCGGUCGUCGGGAAGGUCUUGGACGUGCUGACCAAAGCACCCGGCACGAUGGAGUCCCGCGACAUACACCACACCAUUCUGGCCAUGUGCGCUCCUCGUCUGAAGUUGCGCUUGACGUCCUCGACCUCGAAAGACAGCAACGUCGGCUCCGUCCUCAAAACGCUCGACAAAUGCCAGGACUUCACGCUCACGGCCGAAAGAGAGGUCCAGAACGGGGGCCCCGGAGUCGUAAGCCUCCUGCAGCACAGCUUGGUGACGCUCAUUACGUCUGCAAGCACUGCGCAUCUCGAGCAACAAGUCAGCCUUCACGACAUUCCCGCACUGGUGAGUCGGACCGUGGAAAUUCGAGGCGUGGAGGCAGCUUUGCGGGCUUUGAUCGGGGUUCUUCUGCAGCUGAGCGACAGCCAUCAAUUUCUCUUCGCUCUCGACGCCGUCACCACCGUGGUCUGUAUGGGUGGGGAGGGCCUCCACGACGCGCUGCGCCUGCUGUACCACAACUUGGGCUGCACAUUACGGAGCGGCGACACCUUGUCCGCCGAGGCUGUAGUGCGGCUCUACCGGCAGGUGGAAGCGUACAAGAACCUCCUCACCGUGCAGGAUAUGGGACUGGACACGAUUUUCGGCCAGCAGCUGACCGACAUCGACACGGCAAAUCCCAACCUCGACGCCGCCACGGCUGUGUCCGGCGGCGGGGGGGACAUGCAGGCGGAGCAGGGCCAGCCCGACGGCAUCGACCAAGUGCUCGACGAGGUCGCGGCCAUGGGCAACCUGGACACCAGCGACGCGGACAUGAAUUUCGACACCUUGUACGGCUUGGAGGGGAAUGAAAUGGAUCUCAACGACUUGGAUCUGGAUAUGUUCUGA